CGAGUUAAACUACCUUAAUUUAAUUCAAUUGUAUGAACCACGCGCAAAUAUAUUUUGUAUAUAUAUACAUCCACACACCACUUCAAUAUAUCAUUCAAGAUAAGUUAAGAGAACAAUUAAGCUGAGUGAAGAAGAUGGCCAUGAAAAUGAAUACCAACGGCUUUCAAUCCCCAAAAUACCCUUCUUUUUCUCUGCCGGCAGUUGUUACUACUAGCCUCCGAUCUCCUAAGCUUUUCAUGGCGACUUCUUCGUCUCUUCGCUCUCGUUCAAACGAGGUCGAGACGAAAGUGAAGAAUUCGCCUCGUAGUCCUUGUCAUGUUCAAAUCACACACUCUAUGCCACCACAUAAAAUUGAAAUCUUCAAAGCUAUGGAAAGCUGGGUUGAAGACAACAUACUUGUUCACCUUAAACCUGUCGAAAAUUGCUGGCAACCUCAGGAUUUCUUGCCGGACACCGCUUCCUCCGACGAAUUUCAUGAUCAGGUGAAGGAACUGAGAGAGAGAGCUAAAGAGAUUCCAGACGAUUAUUUUGUAGUUUUAGUGGGUAAUAUGAUCACCGAAGAAGCCCUUCCAACGUAUCAAACAAGUUUUAAUACCUUCGAUGGGAUCCGUGAUGAAACAGGUGUGAGCCCUACACCCUGGGCAAAAUGGAUAAGGGCGUGGACAGCCGAAGAAAACAGACACGGCGAUCUUCUUAAUAAGUAUCUCUACUUAUCAGGACGAGUAGACAUGAGACAAGUCGAAAAGACCAUCCAAUAUUUGAUUGGAUCGGGAACGGAUGUAAGGAUAGAAAACAGUCCAUACCGCGGAUUUAUAUACACAUCGUUUCAAGAAAGGGCUACCUUCUUCGCCCACGGCAAUACAGCCAAGCACGCAAAGCGCCACGGCGACGUAAAAUUGGCCAAAAUUUGCGGCACAAUCGCCUCAGACGAAAAACGCCACGAAACGGCGUACACAAAGAUAGUGGAAAAGCUAUUCGAGAUUGAUCCAGACGAAACAAUAAUAGCUUUAGCAGACAUGAUGAAGAAGAAGAUCACCAUGCCGUCACACUUGAUGUACGAUGGUGUAGACGACAAUCUGUUCAACCACUUGUCAACCAUCGUGCAUCGACUAGGUGUCUACACGAUGAGUGACUAUACGGACAUCAUAGAAUAUUUUGUCGGAAGAUGGAAAGUUGAGAGUUUGAGAGGAUUGUCGCCGCAAGGGCAGAAAGCUCAAGAGUAUGUUUGUCGGUUGCCGGAACAUAUGAGAAGAUUGGAGGAGAAAAUUCAAGAUCAGGCUAAGAAACGACCGUUGAUUCCGUUUAGCUGGAUAUAUGGUAGAAAUGUUUGAGCCUGUCUUUCUUGUUGUAAUACUUGGUACUGAGUUUGUUUGUUGGUGGCCUAAUUGAAUUAAGGCCCGUUUCAUUCGAAAGAUUAAUCAUUAUUAACUAAAUGUCUUGUAACGAGCUUUUAAAUAAACACCUAGAGGCCUAAUUGAUUUGAAAGAUUAGUUAUUAUUAAAU